CAGUAUAUAUCUCCGGUAGGCCUGCUCCCAGCUAGACUGACACACAGGUUGAAAUUUGGCGACGGAUUGAUGCAUCACCUCGAACAAGAUGGGUGUAGAGGAGAGAGUCCAGGGUCCUGUGACCACAACAGAAGAGGUGCAACCCGACAAUGAAUUCAUCCAGAUCAAUCACGAACAUGCUGAACGUAUGGAUGGUGCUUUCCUUUCCAUCGUCUUCAGUGCCGCGAUCCCAUGUGGUCUCGUGGUCAUUGUUACAGCAAUCCUCCUAGGCGUCAUCUAUUCCAAAGAGGUCGACUACAACAGGGGCUGGCCUCAACUCCAACUCAAACACAACAUCACCUCGGCGUCGGGUUUAUGGACGAUUUUGAACGACUGGAAGAAUCUUGGUGGUGACCCGGCCGUGUUUGUUGAUUUCAACCCGACCUCCUUGACGGCCAUCGCAACCUUGACCGGUAAAGUUAUACCAUACCUCUCGAGUUCCAUCAUGGCACUAGUUGCCUUCUUUGUCGCCCGCCGAAUCAUUCUCAUCUCCAAAGAAGACCAAGCCCGCGACCUCCUCACACCACACCAGAUGUCGCUCCUGAUCCAGCUCCUAGGAGGAAGUAGCUUCACUCCGUUGAAAGACUGCGUACACUACCAUGUCAAGCACAAAAAAAGAUGGAUUUCACCUAUCCCUCAUGCAUUCUCAGCUCUCGCUGCAGUCACAGCUUUGGGAAUAAUCAUCCCAGCGGCAGAUACAUGGUUCGCCACGACUGUAACGCCACACAAGGUGGUCAUGCUCGAGAAGAUCACCAACUCCUCCAUUUCCACGUUCGGCCGAGGUAUAUACGAUCCCAACAGCACCUGCUACGAUGUCUGGUAUUAUGACGAGACCACGGAUGGCGACCCUUGGCGGGUACCCUGCAACAUGGAGUAUCUAACCUACAACCAGGACGAGCACAACCCCCGGAAGUGGAGCUACAACGUGCGCAACGCCAACGAAGCAGUCUUGACCAUGACAGGCCUGCACGAAAAUAACACCGUCAAGAUCUACAAGGACCCCUCGACCCCGAACGUCCAAUACAGCUAUCUGGCCGACAAGAUGAUGAACAACACGCGAGACUUUCGCGCGUACACGUUCGCCAUGAAAACCCAGUGUACCCCCAUGACGGCAAAAUGCUUCCCGUGGAUCACCCUCGACGAGGACGCAACGGACCGGAAGAGUCUCGGCGCCAACUACACGUUCCAGUGCAGCCCGGGCUACGUAGGCGACUUGACGUCCAACGGCGCCUCGCUCGCGACCGGCCUGCGCACCACGUCCAACACCUCCGCGGGCAUCGGCUUCGCCCCGGACGCGUCCUUGAGCAGCAUGGUGGGCAACGACGCCUCGGUGGUCGAGUUUGCCUCGUUCACCAACCCCCUCCACUUCGGCGCGUGGUCGCUCGGGUGGAAGAGCGUCCCCGAGAACGACUACGAGUGGCCGUGGCUGGACGACUGGGACUACGACGACAACAUCUUUUACGACGACAACUCCUUUUACGCCUGGAUGCUGAACUGCAGCACGGGCUUCUACGACGUCAACUACGACUGGGUCAACGGCAGCGUCCAGGCCUUCAACACCUCGCUCAAGUUGGACGCGGCCGGAGGCGUGGUCUCGUACCCGUUCGCCGCGGGCCUCCCCGCCGCCGAUCUGUGCCUGGACUACGCCUCCGCGCGGGUGCAGCAGGCCGACAACGCGACCCAGCUGGCCGACUGGUGGGGGAAUUUCUUCUCCAGUUGCGCCAUGUACAUGGUGGCCGCGACCAUGAACCCGCACGGCGCCGACUUCGAGCAGACCCGCAACAACGAGUACAUCGCGACCCGCGUGCCCAUCGUGCCCCUGUUCGUCCUGUUGGGGUUCAAGUUCUUGUACUGCUUCGCCGUGCUCGUCCUCGCCGUCGCCGCCUACCACUACACCAACCCCUCGGAGUCGCAGUCGGUCAAGGAACGGUUGAGCGUCAAGGGCCUCGCGGCCACGUGUUUCGGCGACGGCCCCUCGCACCAGCAGGUCGCCGUCAAGAACGUCGAGCAACUCUUCCAACAACCGCCCGGCCCCGACAGGGACGUCGACGCCACCCAGAACGGACCGGCCGAAGUCGAAGCGAAUCCCCCGCCCGAACAAAAGGUGGCCAUGGUCCAGACCGAAAUGGGCGGGUGGCAGUUUGUCAAGAUGGCCGCCGGGAAGGUCUACGACACCGUCGCCCCGAUCGUCGAGAGACAGGUCAUGUCCGAGGCCACGGGAGGCACUUUUGGCGCCGGAGGACAGGACGCUGCCAAGUGGGUCUCCCUGGUCAGGAAAUGAUGAUAUCGUUCUACAAAGUCUGUACUUUUUGGGUUUUUAUUCGAGCGACUUUAGAUCCAUAUAGAUACCUCGGGUAGGAAGAUAAUAAAUACUCUUGGAAGAAAUUCAAUGAUGAUGAUGAUGAUUGA